GGGUCCAAUGAUAGUAAUUUUUUUUACAAUUUAUAAAUUCAUGCAAUAUUCUGUAUGUGAUUAUGUCAUUAUGUUCAGUAAUAUAUUGGGUACAACCUUUAGUAUAUGACCUUUUUUUUUUUUUUCUUUUUUCUUUUUUCUUUUUUAAAAAAAAGAGGUGUGAUGGAUUUUUACUUGCUUUUUAUUUUUUAACUGAUAAUGAAAAGUACGAUGGAGAGAUGUCACUUAAUAAUCGGGCGGAUUUUUAACUACCAUCACGAGUCAAGUUUAAAGGACUGGGUUGUCAAACACACCGACUUAUUUACAACCCUAGAUCAUACAUAACCCAACAACCCCUCAUUAACAUAGACACAAACCGAAUAGGCUUUGAAAAUCAGACAAAGCCGAGACACCUUAAUUAGUUAAAGUAGAAGCCUUUGGUCAAAAACAAAUAUGUCUUAGAAUUGUCAGCGCAUGUGAUGAUACUGUGAAGGCAAAAUCAAUCUCCAGCCUGAACCAGACUCGAAAAAUUAUUGCACAUGUCCACAGAAAACAAAGAAAAAGGCUAGGACAUAAAAAUUGAUGCCGAACAAAAUAUCAAAUAGCAUGAAGUUGCUAUGUUAGGAUACCUCCAGGGAGAAAGAGGGAUCUUACAUACACAGUCAAGUGAUUUGAGUUACUUAUUUCUUUUGUUCUGCUCAACAAUUCUGGAAAGCGAUGCCACAAGCAUUAGAUUCUUGACACCACCAGAGGUAAAGGAUCAUAUACGCUAAUGCUUUGAUUCCACGCAUACUUUAACCUUUUUUUUCUUUUUUCUUUUUUCUUUUGUACUUGAAGAACUAUUGAAGGUUCUCAAAUAUAUAUGAGGGAUAAAUGCAGCUAUCAAUAAUACACCAAACACUUCUUCCUUAAUUCUACGCUCCCAACACCUCUCAUCACUACUUCGACAGCGGGUUUCAGCAUCACUCGAAUCACCACCACCAAACAAAUGGCUGAGGCAGUCCUCUCCGACAUUGCUGCGAGUGUAAUUAAGAGCUUGGGAUCUCUUGCUCUCGAAGAGAUUGGACUGCUCUGGGGUUUCGAAGAUGAGCUUAAAAAGCUCGGGAACACGGUUUCCACCAUCCAAGCUGUGCUUUUGGAUGCGGAGGAGAAGCAGGCCAAGAACCAUGUGGUCAAAGAUUGGCUUGGGAAGCUCAAGGAUGCCAUGUACGAAGCCGACGACUUGCUGGAUGAUUACUCCACCGAACUUCUACGCCGACAAGUGAUGACACGGGAUAAGAUCAAGGCUAAACGGGUACGCAUCUUUUUUUCCAAAUCGAACCGGCUUGCAUAUGGCUUUAAAAUGGGUCAUAGGAUCAAGGCACUUUGGAAGAGACUUGAUAACAUAGCAACUGAUCAAAUCAAAUUUGGCUUCAAUGAGCGCCCUAUAGGGACACAGUUUGAGCAUAGGAAGAGAGUAGAUACACACUCUUUUGAACGUGCGAAAGAAGUCAUUGGGAGAGAGGAUGAUAUAAAUGCUAUUAAAGAGUUGUUAUUGGAUUCCGAUGUGAAAGAGAACGUAUCCAUCAUUCCAAUAGUUGGGAUUGGUGGACUAGGCAAGACCACACUUGCUCAAUAUGUGUACAACGACGAGGAGGUCCAAAAACAUUUUGAGCUAAGUGUGUGGGUGUGCGUCUCUGAUCCUUUUGAUGUGAAAGCUAUUGUUCAAAAGAUUGUAGAAUGUUCCACUGAAAGGAGACCCGAAAGCCUUGAGAUGGAUUUGUUGCAACGUCAGCUUCGAGCAAAGAUUGAUGGAAAACGAUAUUUACUCGUUUUAGACGAUGUAUGGAAUGAGAAUCGUGGUACAUGGUUGGACUUGGAAAAACUGUUAUCAGGUGGCCUCAAGGGAAGCAAAGUUUUGAUUACUACACGUAGCAAAAGAGUUGCAGAGAUUACAGGCACGGUACCAUCGUAUCUUCUAGAAGGUCUAUCUGAAAGCAAUUCUUGGGAUUUAUUUAAGAGAAUGGCCUUUAAAGACGGGGAAGAACCAAAUAAUCCAAAGUUAGUAGAAAUCGGAAGGGAGAUCAUUGAAAAGUGUGCACAAGUUCCACUUGCUAUAAGGAGCAUAGGGAGUCUAUUAUACUUAAAAUACUCAGAAGCUGAUUGGCUGUACUUUAAAAGUAAUGAACUUUACAAAAUAACUCAAGAUGACAAUAGUAUUUUCCCAAUACUUAAGUUGAGUUAUGAUCAUCUCUCGCCACAAUUGAAGCAAUGUUUUGCUUUUUGUUCGUUGUUUCCAAAAGAUCAUGAAAUUGAAGUGGAGGUGUUGAUUCAGCUAUGGACAGCUCAAGGCUUUAUUCAUUGGUCAGAUAGAACCAGAUGUCUUGAAGAUGUUGGUCGUGAGUAUUUUAUGGAUUUGCUUUGGAGGUCUUUUUUCCAAGACAUACAAAGAGAUGAAUAUGGUGAUAUAAAAAGAUGCAAAAUGCAUGACCUUAUUCAUGAUCUUGCACAAUCAGUAGCAGGGUACGAGUGCAUAAUUUCAAAUCCAAAUGCUGAAAAAGUAGUUGAAAGAAAUAUCCAUGUGGCAUUUGAUUCCUUAGAUUCAUUAAGGGAUAUUCCACCUCCCUUGCUCAAGGCCCACAAAAUGAGAUCGCUUUUUCUACAUAUUCCAAGUCUACCCUCUUGGACAACUCUCCAGGGGAAUAAGUCAACAUAUGACACACUUAUUUCAAGUUUUAAAUGCUUGCGUGCCUUGAAUUUUAGUUGCUUGAAUAUUCAAGAAGUGCCGGAUUCCAUUGGCAAGUUAAAGCACCUAAGAUAUCUUGAUCUUUCUUGGAAUGGUGAUAUAGAACUACUCCCCGCUUCUAUAACUAAGUUGCUAAAUUUGCAAACACUAAGACUUAAUUGUUGUAGUGGGCUUAAAGAAUUGCCAGAAGACCUUAAAAACUUGAUCAGCCUUAGGCAUCUUGAUCUUUCUCAGUGUAAUCGUAUCGAACUACUCCCCGCUUCUAUAACUAAGUUGCAAAAUUUGCAAACACUAAGACUUUGGUAUUGUUUAGGGCUUAAAGAAUUGCCAGAAGACAUUACAAACUUGAUCAGCCUUAGGCAUCUUGAUCUCAAGGAGUGUCGGAGCUUGACUCAUAUGCCGCAUGGGUUGGGAAAGUUGACCGCUCUCCAAACACUGUCGCAAUACACUUUGGGGAAGGAGGGAAGUCGUAUUCCAAAGCGAAAGGGUGGGCUAGCCGAUCUGGAAAGUUUAGAUGAGUUGAGAGGAGAAUUAGAUAUCAUUGGUUUAAAGCACUUGAGAUCUUCUCCAUUAGAAGCCAAGGCUGCAAACUUGGAGAGGAAGCAAAACCUUCGAACUUUGAUAUUAGAGUGGGCUGGCCCAAAUUUUGAUUACCAUGAUAGUGAUAAGGCAAUAGAAAAUGAUGAACAGCUGUUGCAAAACCUUCAGCCACACUUCAAUUUGAAAAAAUUAAUUAUAAAUGGGUAUGGAGGUUUGAGGUUAUCGGGCUGGGUGUCCUCGCUCUCGAAUUUGGUUGAUAUUAAGAUAUUCAAUUGUAAAUGGUGCCAACAUAUCCCUCCAUUGGACCGAUUACCUUCUCUCAAGAAUCUUAUUCUUCAAAAUUUAAGUGCGCUGGAGUACAUAAGCAAUGAUGGAAGUGACGUGUCCUCUUUAUCUCUUGAAAGUCUCGAACUUAAGGAUUUGCCUAAGUUGAGGGGAUUGUGGAGGAUGAGGGAAGCAGCAACAACAGAGCAUGAGCCACAUCAUCAUCUUCCAUCAUUUCCAUCAUUUCCAUGCCUUUCUGAUUUAAUUAUUAAGAAGUGUCCUAUGUUGUCUCUAAUGCCAGUAGUGGCACAAGGGAGCGAAACAGCACACUCCUCUUCCUCUCCCUUUUCGGAUCUCUCCAAAUUGAAGUUUCUUUCUCUUAAGGGAUUAGAGCAACUUGAAUCUCUGCCAGUGGAGUGGCUGCAAAACCUCACUUCUCUUGAGAGUCUGGAUAUUCGGAAGUGUUGUAAACUACGAAUAUUCAUGUCUCCACUCUUUCAACAUCUCUCCGCGCUUGAAGAUCUAAGGAUUUGUAAGUGUAGGGAACUUAUCAGUCAUGAGAAUGAAGAGGGCACACAAUGGGUUGGACCUACAAUACUUCGUCGUCUAUCUAUAGAAAAGGUUCCAAACUUGGUGUCUCUCCCAAGGGAGCUUAGACAUGUUACCACUUUGCAAGAGCUUUACAUAAUGGACUGCCCUGCACUGAACUCUUUACCGGAGUGGAUAGGCGACCUCACUUCACUUGACGAGCUUUUGAUCUGGUGGUGUCCCAAUUUAAUAUCACUGCCUGAAGGUAUGCGCCGCCUCACCUCUUUACGUCGGUUGAUAAUUCGGAAUUGUCCUCGCUUGCAGAAAAGAUGUGAACGAGGAACAGGAGGGGAUUGGCCAAAGAUUGCUCACGUCUCAUACUAUACGGAUCGGGAUUCCAACUUCUACCUUUCGUCUGAAGAGGAUUGACCAAUUAUUCUUCAGAACUAACUGUACCAUGGAACAAACGAGGGUUUAAGAAAAGACAUAUUUUCAGACCUUGCCGACAAUCAGAUUUGCCCGAAGCUCUCAAAUUUCCAGACUCUUAAAUAUUUCAUCUGAAAGCGUGAUAAGCAUGAAAGCAACCGAUUGCUGGGCUUCUUUUGCACCAUUUUGAGCCAAUGUAGCAUGUUGUUUUCAAUUUGAUGCAACAAUAGUGAUUAUUAUUGGGCAGUCCAUUAAGUACUCCAAGAGACUUGUUCUGAACAAGAAUCAUGCUAAGCACUGCCUCUUAGACGUUGAGAAAAUCCUAGAGAGUCAAGGGCCAAAUGAAAUCUCUAGAAGAUCUAUUCCUUUCAACCAGAGAACCUCACAGAAUUCUCUUGCCCUGUUAUGGAUGUUGAUGAGUUUAAGCGCACUCUGGACUAUUCAAGACUUAUGGUCCUUUGUGGAAGGAUUGAUCCUGUCAAUGAGUGUUGUGACCAAGUUUGCCAAAAUGCUAUACUAGAUGCUGCUAGAAAGAUUGGCCUAAAUGGUAUGUCAAAUAUGGAUGGGUGCCCUGUCUCACUUGAACACUCAACAAGGAUGGACGAUUGCAAAAAUAUUGUCGUCCGGUGGCUGUCCAGUAAACUUGAUCCUUCUUCAGCAAAUAAUGUUCUAAGAAGACUUUCAAAUUGCAAUGUAAAUAAAGUAUGUCUAUUGGUUUUUCCCAACAUGACAAAACAUUAUGAAAGAAUGUGGAAAUGUGAUAAAUGACGAGACAGCUUGCUGCAAAGCCAUGGAGAGUUACGUACGUGUCUCAAUUGCAACAGCAGAGCUUCCUCACCAACUUGCAAGACUUGAAAAUUGUGCUGCAUCAAUUGGCACAAGGUUGCAGGAAGCUAAUGUUUCCUACUUGUUUAUAAUCUUUGUCAUAUAAACCUCAAGGAUUUCUCUCUUUAAGUGGGAUCACAAGAGUCUGGCUACCUUUUACCAAGCUUGUCUUCAUAUGCAACAUAUGAUAGAACUUCAGGGUCAGCUUCGUUUGCGAUCUUAGUGAUAACAUUGCAGCUCCUUGGCCCUCUAAAUCUUAUGUACCUGCUUCUACCCACAAUAAAAACUACCAAACUUCCAGCACUCCCCACAGCAACAUCUGCACAAAGUGGUCGAUACACCGACAACUUGAUGUUUCCCCUGCUUGUGACCUCAUUACUGCCUUUCAACAUGUUUCUUUGAUAUUCGUUUUCACUGUUACUUGGUUCUUUUGGCCACAAACAGAAGCUACUCUUGUAUGCUCAGAAACUUGGGAUGCAAUAUGGAUAAAGGCGCCUCCAGUGAAUUGGUGGAAAAUGGUGUGGAACCCGGUGGCUAUAACUUGACAUUCCUUCCUUUUGUGGCUUGUUUUCAGAGAUGCUUUGAUUACUAAGGAAAGGAUGUGUGGAUGGGGUUUUCUAGGGGAUUGCUUAUGCUCGUUUUGCCGGGGAAGGAUUGAGAAUAGAGAGCACAUAUUCUUCCAAUGUGGCUUCAGCAAUCGCAUAUGGAAGGAAUUGAUGGCGAUGGCUCUCUGUUUGGUGAGGCAGCCGAGGGACUCUUAGGAUGAUAUUGAAAAAUGGAGCAUGAAGGAAUUAAGGUCAGAUUGCCUGAAGGCUAGACUAUGCAUUCUAUGCUUAGGUGCUGCUAUCUACCACCUAGACAUAAUACAUGGGAACAUCCUUAGUUCUGAGGAGCAUAUUGUGGAAAAAAUUAAAUGGGAUGUUCGUGCUCGAAUCAUGAGUAAAGGACCUUACAAGAAGUCUAAGGAGAAUCUUCAACUUGCAAGCUUGUGGAAUCUUUACAAAGUUUUUCAAUAGAUUCUGUUUGUGUAGUUGUUCUGGUUGUUGGUGUACUCGGCUCUGUUUUGUUUGGUUGUAUCUUGUUUAGCUGUUGAGCUGUGUGAGAUAGUUCUGCAGAAUUUAUUCUGCUUUA